AUGUACUUCUCUACUGUUGAACUGAGUACAACUGCCUCACAGUGUGUCAAUUCAUUUUUAUUACUUCUGAUCAUUCUCAAAACAGGGUCAGUCAUGCUUUUGAGAGCAAGUCUUAGGCAACCCCUUUGUCAUUUUAUUUGGAAGAGAACAAAGGUUAGUGGUUACUUAAUAAAUGAUAAACAUUUCCUUUGUAUGAUCAAAGUUUUAUUUCACUUAAAAUGUUUUCCCUACAGUCAUGUGGUCUUUGACUGUUUAGAAAAUUGCUGCUUAGCUGUGAAAGGGCUGUUUUUGUUGUGGGUUAGGUCAAGGUUUGGUGCACCAGACUAAAUUUAAAAGAAAGGAAGAUUCAACUUGUUAAAUGGUAUUUACAGUUGGGAAGAUGUUUUUAGUCCUUGCAGAUAUCAAUGAUAACAUGAAGGGCAGCUGUCUCUUAUGGUUUAAAUGUGAGGUUAGCAGGGGAUGUUGUAAACCCUUUCAUUUAUGGUUGAGAUUAAGCAGCCACAUGUUCCCACACUUUGGGCUGGCUCAGUUGUUUCUCAGGGUUCCAAAAAGUCCCCACUUCCUUAAGUUCCAACUUGCAGUAAUUUGAAUCAUAAGAAGGCAGUCAGAAAUAACAUUUUGGUCGUAGGAGGUUUUGGGGAGUGGAAGAAGAGAUUGCAUCUAUACAUCUGUACAUCUAUACAUUUGAAAGCUCUAUCAUAAUUAUGAUGAGAACUUAAAAGUUCCUUUUUUUAUUAGGCCUGUUUAAGUUCUUAAAUAUUACAUGUAGUGUAGUCAGUCUAUUUUUUUUUCACCCAUGAAAUUCUUUAGCUAAAACUUAUCAUUGCCCAUGACACAUAUUUGGUUUACAGACCACAUCCAGUGUAAAUUACAUUAAAGCUCUGGUGUCUGAAGAUUGUUUAGAAAUAGAAUGGAAUGAUGGACAUAAAUCUAGGCAAGUAGACAAGUUAAAUGUAUUAUUAUGGCUUCAGUUCAUGAGCACAAGUACACUGUAGCUUUGACUUAUACAGUGGUGUAGUUGGGAGGUAUGAAGGUGCUUGUAAAUCUACUUGACGUAAAUCUUAUCUUGUGCUAGACUCUCCAUUUCUUGGCACUUGCAUUUUCAUGUAAUUCUCCCUGCAUGGAUAUGAGCCUGCUCAUAUGUUAGGACAGUGGUUUAUGCCCCCUUUAUGUAAGGCAUGCAGAAAUCCUCAGAUGUGACCUCCCAUUGAAAAAUCAUGUAGCUGCAUGUGUGCCUCUGUUAACUCUUCACUUGUAAGUGAAAGUAGCAUCUAAUUGUAAUUUCUCUUUAACCCUUUAAUUGCCAGAAGUGAUUAACAUGAAACUUCUCCCUAUAAUAUCCAUGCAUUAUUCAGCAAACAGGUAAUAAGAAUAUUCAAACUUAUCAGGUGGAAGCUGUUGCUAUCUUGAUCUAGCACCAAGUUCUGCUGGUUAAACCAAAACAGAAUUUGUUUCAAUUUCUUUUAAAAUUAUUUUCACAUUAAAAAAAAAAAAAAAAAAAAAAAAAAAAAAGAGUUUUCUGUAAGCUCACUAAUGGCUCGUGUUCAAACAUAAUAAUUGUGAGCCAUCAUCUAAAGUUAACUUUUUGACUUGUUUUGUUUUGUUUACUUUAAUCAGGUUUCAUAACAGCUGGUUAAGGUUUUCUUGCCAGUGUGAACACUGCAAGCAGUCACACAGUGGCCAGAGGACCAUUGACACCCUUUCCAUUCCAGAACCACUUGAAAUCUCAGAUUUUUCACUUUCCAGUAAGUUCUUGAAGAUGUACAGUAUCAUUAGGGAAAACUUUUUCUAAUUGCAGUAAACAGGCGAAAGAUAAAAGUUGCCCUUUUUUAUAGUUUUUAUCUAAGAUGCAUGUGCAUAGUAUUAAAAAUAUAAGCUGUACAUGUAUGUUUAAUUUUGUUGUUUUUUGUCUGUUUCCCUUAUUCCAUAUUGUAACUGCUUGUCAAUUGGUCUGUCAAUAUGUUUUUCCUUUCAACCUACUUGAUUAACUGAAGAAAUACUAUUAGUUGUGAUAAGCGAUGAUAACAAGUUCUCAGUUUUCCUGACUUUGAUUACAUUUCCAUGUUUUUGGUCGGACAUACUGUGCACUGAUGAAAAACAAUAGUAGUCAUACUUAACCCUUUAACUCCCAGAAGUGAUUCGUGUGUAACUUCUCCCUAAUAUAUCCAUACAUUAUCCAGCAAACAGGUAAUGAGAAACCUCAAAUGCAUCAGGCAGAUUUUGUUAUCUUGAUCUAACAUUCAAUUCUCAUUAACUAAUUUAUAAGGAAAUGUGUAGAAGCUAGAGGGGAGAAUUAUCAAUCAGAUCUUGGGACAAAUUAUGGAAAAACUAAAAAACAAAGCAUGCUUUCAUUGGUUGAUAGAUGUGUUUAGAUGAGACAAGUUAAUCUUUACACCUUAAGAUCAGUACACAUAUUCUCCGUACUGUUCUCUAUACAAUUACUAAGGUGCCUACAGGUAGAAUUUGUCUGACGGUGAGGAACCUCUUGAGUCUGUGAUCAUUUCCUUGAUUCUCAUGACUUUAAUGUGUGAUUUGGGGUGAUACUUUUGGGAGAAACAAGAUACUUAUCACUUUUUGGUAGAAAAGGGUUUAACAUGGCUAAAACAUCUCAGCUUCACAUCAAAUAUUUUUUAAGAAGGGUUGAAUGUAAAAUCAUAAGGGGACUUUAUUCAUGUUUGUGUUUCUGGUUUGCAUAACUGUAUCAUUCUCCCAAAACCUCUCAUGUCAGGAUGAGUCUAUGAAAGCAAGGAAAAGAUCGUGCUUUGAAAUUACAUAUUUUGGACACUAGUGUAAGUCCCUGUUAAUACUAGUCCAGUACUGAAAGGGCCACCCUGCCUAAAUAAGACCUGCUCAACCUUUUUUUGUAUGUUAAAUUAAAUUUAUCAGCAUUCUUUUCUGUAUUUUGCAGAAAAUAAGGAAAAUCUUGAAGUGAAAUGGGAGAAUGAAAGAGACCACCAAGGUGUACUCAACUUACAGUGGCUGAGAGAAAAUUGUUACUCUGAAGUGGCUAGAAAUUUAGAAAACAAAAGAAGAAUAACUCAACCCCAUAUUGGCGAGGUACUUCCGUGUGAGCCUUAAUUGUUUGCACUGGUAACAGUUCAUCCUAUUGUGCUCUGCAAUCUUAUAUUCAUGUUUCACUCUCUCUUACAGCACAGUUUGCCAGAGGUUGAAUAUAGUACCAUUAUGGAAUCCAGGGAAGGUCUUUGGAAGUAAGUUCCGCACAUGUAUAUAUUGCUCGGCUCAAAAAAACUUUCAACAAGAAAAGCUACCGGUACUUAUUUUUGACAAGUAUUAGGUCUAUGAGCUGCAGCUGAGGAAAAACUGACGAAUAUAUAGGAAUACUUUGUCUGUAGAAAAUAAAUGCCCAAUCUUUGUGAGACUUCCCUCAUCGUAGAGUGCCUGUGGCUUAGUGGUAGAGCAUCGGAGCGCGGAAUACGAAGGUCUGAGGUUCGAUUGCUCAUGAAAACUCAGAAUUUUUUCUUUGUCCCACGCUCGUGACAAUACAAAGAACAUCUUUCUCUAAAUGCUUAAUGUCUUUGAGACUAAUAUUUUUUUUUACCUUUUCUUUCUGUGAGAUUUUUAUGAUUAGGAAGUUUGGUCGUGUAUAUUUAAACUCAGGGUUUAUCCUCGUCCUUUCAACAGAAUGCUGUCUCAGCUAAGUGACCAUGGUGUUUCGUUAGUUAAAAAUGUUCCUCUUGACGAUGAGGAAAAUGUGUUGAAGGUUUGUGUGCCAUUUGAUCUUUUGUAUUUCAUUACUGAGACUGCAAGUAGUCCCUCCUUUUCGACGAAGUCCGUCGUGUGAGUUUAAAAAAAUCAGUGAAAAAAGAGAUCUGAUGUAAGCAUGCCGCGCGGAACUCUGGCAUGCGCAGUGAGGCGCACCAAAAGUAAUUUUGUUUUCCUCACUCCCAGAGUUCCGUGCAACGCGCUAAAAUAAAUUUCUUCUUCACUGAUUUUUUAGUUUAUUUAUUAACUACUGAUGAUCCGAUUCUUCUCUGACAUUUCAGGUUGGAAGACUAAUUGGACCGAUACAAGAGACCAUUUAUGGAAAAGUAGGUUUACAAAGAGACUUGGUGGCUGACCAUAAACGUAGACUGACAUUUUCAUGAAGAAGAAAAAAACAGAAUUAAGUUAAAUAGUAAUGAUCACUAUUUUCACGUCCAGUUCCAAUGUGUAUCGCUGUUUUUCGACUGUACACCGAUAGUCUUCUUUUGGAGAUAAAGUUGACUGAAUAUGCAUCAGUGCUGAUUAGUUGAUAUUCAACAGCUGUGUUGGCUAGUAUUCAACAGCUGUGAUUGGCUAGUAUUCGACAGCUGUGAUUGGAUGGUAUUUGACAGCUGUAAUUGACGCAUUUCGAAGAUGUAUUUUAAGAGCGGUCCGCUGUCGCUCGGCUCUCCUGUUGUUGUUUUUCACCAUUGGUAUCCAUGCUUCUUAAAUUUCAAUUCCACUGUCACCCUUGAAGUUGGUGGAGAUUAUAGAGCGCUUCUUUCACCCUGCUUAUUUGUACUUCGUUUGGAGAAGGCGGUCUCCAGUGUUGAAGUGGCGGAGGUCUGUGUCUUCGAGAGUCAGAUGUCUCUAUUGUGUUUUUAAUCCUCCCUUGUAUUGGUCUUCUAGUCUCGCUGAUUUGAACUUUACCUGCUUACUGGGAAUCUUGAAAACUACGCUAUUUUGCUUAGAUAUGCUUUCAUUUAUUCACGUAUUCAAUGAGAUGUGUCAUUUUUUUUGUACUCUAUUGUCGCAGGUGUUUGACGUGGUUUCCACCCCAAAUCCAAUCAAUAUUGCAUAUUCCAGUGUAGGCCUUGGUUACCACAUAGAUCUUGCUUAUUACGAGUCUCCACCUGGACUACAGCUUUUGCACUGCCUCAGGUAAGACAAGAUGUAAUAACAGGUCUAUUGGCACGCAUUGUGGGCACUCGAUUUGACCGAGCGUGAGUGAUUUAGACCAUGACCGAAACGCGCAAGCUAGAAAUCACGCGUCCCAGAGUCUCUUGCGCGCUUGUUACUUGCUUUCGUGCCAAGCGCCUUCACUGUUGUUUCUUUUGGAUUAAAAGCAGUACACGGUUUUCCGUGGUGUGCAAUUUUAUUUUUUAGCAAGCUAUCUAUGAAUUAUUUUAAACUUAACAGACGUCUCGGUAAUGUGUAGAUUGUGAGUUUGUCAAGUGCAUAGUUGUUCUGCUUCUUUUUUUUUAUUAUUUGCGCAGCUUUGAUUCUGAUAUCGAAGGUGGGGAAAGUUUAUUUCUAGAUGCCUUUUACGUUGCUGAGGAAUUCAGGAAACAAUUUCCUAAAGAAUUUGAUGAUCUUGUGAGAAUUCCAGGAACAUUUCAGAAGAUACAUUUUCAAAGGUAUCACCGCUUUAAUAUAGAACGCUUGUGUGUAACAGUCCCAGCGGUAAAUGAUGAACUGUUACGAUUCGGUUGCCACAAGAAUAGACGAUAUGCUUAAUUUUUAUUGAGUGUGCUAAAACUUAUACGAUUAUAUUACAACGGCCGAUAAGAUCACUGGAAAAUAUCACAAGCAGUUAAUAAGGACUUUUGAAGUGAAGAGUGGUGCUGGGUUCGAUUCCCAGACCUUCCAGAGAUACGUAUACAGUACAGGUCAGCCGUACGUUGGCGAUUUUAUACACUGAUGAUUCACCAAUUUGAAGUAGAGAACAAAAUUACCAUCAAAACUAAAGAUAGUUCUAGAGUACUUUCGCCAUGCCUUCUCUACUACACAUUGUAGGUAGUGGCAAGCACUUCUUUCACUGUUGAAAACGGCGCUUCAAAACGAUUGGUUUUUCUCUGGCGUCCUCGUGUUAGCCGACCCUAAAAUGUAACGUUAUUUUCCCCCAAACACAUUGCCUUGAAAAGAUGCUUCCUCAUGGCAAAUACUUGUGGGAAACACAACAUUGAAUUAAUUGUUCGUCGAUGAUUUGUAAGGAAUGAUUUGCAUCCAUUUGUUUUUAUUUCUAUGUUUGGUUUUGGUGUUUUCUUAUGAAGGGAUUAUCCAGUCAAGUUAGUUUACAAGAGACCGCACAUUGUUCUCAGUCCAGAUAAAGAGGUAUCGUAUCUGUUGUAAUCCAACUUGAAAUUUUACCCUUGCAGAUAACGCUGGAAUGGGUUGUUUGUUUUUAAAUACCCAAAGUGAGCACUUUUCCUCCAACGUUUUCAUUUUCUAGAUUGUGGCCGUAACUUGGGCGCCACCUUUUGAGGGUCCCUUGUCAGUUCCGGAGGUAAGAAUCAGCGGCUUGAUUAAUCUGAUUUUUAUAAUUAUUAGAAUUGUUUAGAAAUGAUUGACUUUUGGAAUGAAAUGAUGGACUUUUCGACGCAUGUCGUGAGAAUGAGACUUGAUAAUAACACCGGCUAUUGAAUUCCUAUUGGUUCGUUGUUACAGGAAGAUGUUGAACCGUAUUAUAGAGCUUAUAGAUUAUUUUCAAAGAUGAUGGAAGAAUCUCCUUUACAGGUAAAUGCAUUUUAAAGUAAAUCAGCACUAAAAGCAGCGUUAAAAACAUCCGUUUGCGAUUGCGCGAUUCUAGAUUGCAUGGGUAAAAUUUCUUUUAAUAGCAUGACUCUCACAUGUGAUAGCUGGGUAACUGAGGAUGAACAGGAAAUAAAACAGACGAAGUUUUAAAAAAGUUACCUAAACCCUUGUAGUUAGUCUCUAGUUAUGUUCAUCCUUGUCUAGAUGAGCUAUUUCCAGGGAUUUCAAUAACUUCUUCCAUAAACCGCUGCCGAUAGUGUAAUGUGCGGCCGUGCCUUGAGGCGCAAGCCAAACUCAAGAGCCUGCUCACAGACUGAAUAGACGGAGGUGAGAGGUCUUACGGGUGGCGAUAGACCUCUGUUCGUUGUUGUUGAUGAUGAUUUUUCGCUCGGGGCAAUUUUAGAGGAAACAAAACAGUGGAUUAAGAGUUUGUCUGUUUUUCUUGUAGAAAUCGGUGAGGUUGCAUCAAGGAGACUUAGUAUGUUUCAACAAUCGGCGUAUUCUUCACGGAAGAAACUCUUUCAAUUUAAAUGGCGGUGUUAGGCACUUUAAGGUAUGAAACGUGAAAAACAGUGCUCUUAGUUUCAAGAGCGUAGACCGUGUGACCCCUUACACCCUAAAUCGGUAUGUAUCUUCACACUGUUCUCUACAUUUCCUAUGGAGCUGACAAGGAGAAUUUGUGUAACAAUCAAGAGCUUCUUUAGAUGGCGAUCAUUUCCUUUACUCUCAUGACCUUAAUGUGUGAUUCAGCAGUGAUGAUGUAAGGAGAAAUUGGACACUUGUCACUCUCAGGGAUUGAGGGGUUAAAGAUCUUGCCUAUCCCCUGUAACUUUCCUAAUAAGCUUUCCUGGUCUGUCCCGGAAGAAUAAAAAAUAUGAUGCGUGCUCAUGGAAGUAUAUACUUUCGUUAUUAUAUUCAGACGCAUGGUUUUUUAAGGGAGAACGAUAAGGUUGGUCUCCUAGAGGAAAAUCGUAGGCCACUGUAAUACACAGCCUUAAGUAGAAGAAUUCUGGGACUUUUCUAAAACGCAAAUGCAUUUUUUAUUCUUGUGAAUCCAGGGUGCCUAUGUCAACAUCGACGAGUUUAGAAAUGCAUUUCAAGUGACAUCAGAGCUGGUCGGAUCUGGAGAGCCCUGCAGGAGAUCUGGAAACCAUUGCUUCCUUUAGGAAAGCACAAGAAUUAAAUAGGCCUUUUGAUUGCUACUUUUAUCUUCAUUUCUGACAUUGUAAUUCCGAAAUAUUUGGAAGAAUAGGGAAAUUUUACAUGCGGGAGCUGGCUCGCUUGUUUUUUAGAGAUCAUCACAUAUUUAAUAGUUAUAUUAAUGAGAAAGAUGAAAAGGUGGCUAGGAUAAUGAGUCUUAGUACACCGCAUAGCACUGGUAUGAUAUUGAUGUAAAUUAUUAACUUAUAUGAAUUGUCUUAGUCAUUUUGCACCACUGUGCCAACAAGGGUCACCGUGAUUAAUACACCAUUGGUAAAACUAGAUUUGUUACAAGUUGUUGAGAAUUUAACCUUGUGGAAUUUAAAAUAUAUGGCUCUUUUACCAGCACUGCGGCUGUCAAUACCCAAUCUUAAGCCAUGGGAAUUUACUUAUCUUCAUCCAGGAAAUAGGGUACAUUUUGUAACGAGAGAUUACUGUGAUGAAGCAUAUGCAGCACAGCGAUCAUACAUCGGGCAUGCGCAAGGGGAUCAAUUAAGUCAGCGGCGUGCCAAUUUCCCGCAUGAGAAACAAUCGUUUUCACGCUAAUUAUGCGAAACGACUAAAAAAGCAUUGACACGUUUAGGUAAAUCUGUAAAAGUAAAUAAAGUAGAGAAAGAGAAAACCCGAGACUUUUCCAACAGAAAGCCUAUUUGAUUACGGGUUUUCAGAUGAAUUACCGUUUAUUUUUAGCUUUACCGAAAAGUUGAAGGUUUUCAGACACCGCAACUCUCUCGUGUGGUUGUUUAUAGGACAACUUGGUUUUUCUACCCUGAAAGUACAUUACCUAGCCUCUAAAAUAUCCUUACGUGCUCAGGCGUUUGACCGCUGUGUUAGCUUAUGCAGGGAUAUAUAAUACAUAACAAAUUGUAGCCUCAAAGGUAAGUGAUUGUUUAAUGCGUGAAGUGAAGCAAACUUAAAGGAUGUUUAUCAUAGAACGAACUGAAAUUGUUUGUUACCUGCGAUUUCUCAGGGUAUAAAUGCAAGGCUGGAGUAAUAUACCGAUGUUUUUUUUUUGUUUUAUGUUGUCCGAGAUUUUUCGGUUUAAGAAGGAGUAAGCAUUUUUAAUUGAAAUAAAGAGGG